GGGAGGAGUGAGAAAGAGAGAGAGGCAGACUGACUCUGUGAGCCAGAGAAUGGAAAAGCAGUGUGUGAGAGCAAGAGUGAGAGAGAGCACGAGUAUUCUGAGUUUAUGAGAGCGCCUCCACACGCAUCAUCAGAACAGAUUCACUUCAGUUACCGUAGGACAACACAGCAGAUUGCUAUCACAGCACACUGAGAGGAGGACACUAGAAGAAAGAGAUUGACUGAGAGCCUCUCUUUAUUAAGAGGGCACAUCGGGGGACUGACAAUAGCAGCCAACCAGAAGAGUCGUAGGUCGGUGUGUGCGUGAACUUCUUCUCCUUGGUGCCCGAGAGGUCACCACCCCUGCAAAGUACCGACAUGAUCCUGGAGGUCUUUCUGAUCUUGUGGCUGACAGGUCACGGAGUGAAUGCCAUGUUUGCUCAGCAGCCUCAAGACUUGGUAGUUGUGGCUGGUCAGCCGGUCACGCUCCCCUGCUCCAUCCCUGGUUACCACGGUGUUGUGCUCUGGAUCAAAGAUGGCCUCGCUUUGGGCGUUGGAAGAGAACUUAUAGGUUACCCUCGCUAUGCUGUGGUCGGGGAUCACGGAUCUGGCGAGCACCACCUUCGCAUCCAAAGGGUGGAGCUGACGGAUGAUGCUGUGUUCGAGUGCCAGGCCAUCCAGGCCGCCAUGAGGUCUCGUCCAGCUCGACUCACUGUGCUAGUUCCACCUGAUGACCCCGUUAUCAUCGGAGGGCCUGUGGUGAGCCUAAGAGCGGGCGACCACCUCAAUCUGACGUGUCACGCAGACAAUGCCAAACCCGCCGCCUCGAUCAUCUGGAUCCGAAACGGAGAGGUGCUGAAUGGAGCCACGUACUCUAAG